AUGCCAUCCAAACAGCCUGCCUCUCUGGAUAGAAUCAAGGUUGUGAAACUGAACUACGCAGACACACAGACGAGCGAGCGCAAACGUUAUUUUGCGCUUCACAACUUGAAAGGUGCCUUGUUCUACAAUCUCGUGCACGGAGUAGCUGUAGAGUUUCCUGCCCGAAAAUACCCCGGUAAAACUCCCGCCUUGAACUUCAAAUAA